GCCGUCGGGGCCGGGGAGGGGAGGAGGCGGCCGGACCGCUUCGCUGGGCCGGGCUGGGCCGGGCCGAGCCGAGCGGCAGCGCUACCCGCGUGGGGACCGGAGCCGGAGCCGGAGCCGGAGCCCGAGCCCGAGCCCGGCCGCCGCCGCCGCCAUGCGCUGGGUCCGCGCGCUGCUGAAGAAUGCGUCCCUGGCAGGGGCGCCCAAGUACAUCGAGCACUUCAGCAAGUUCUCCCCGUCCCCGCUGUCCAUGAAGCAGUUUCUGGACUUCGGGUCCAGCAAUGCCUGUGAGAAAACCUCAUUCACCUUCCUCAGGCAGGAGCUGCCUGUGCGCCUGGCCAACAUCAUGAAGGAGAUCAACCUGCUUCCCGACCGAGUGCUCAGCACCCCCUCGGUGCAGCUGGUACAGAGCUGGUAUGUCCAGAGUCUCCUGGACAUCAUGGAGUUCCUGGACAAGGACCCCGAGGACCAUCGUACCCUGAGCCAGUUCGCUGACGCCCUAGUCACCAUCCGGAACCGCCACAAUGACGUGGUGCCCACCAUGGCGCAGGGCGUGCUGGAGUACAAGGACACCUACGGCGAUGACCCCGUCUCCAACCAGAACAUCCAGUACUUCCUGGACCGCUUCUACCUCAGCCGCAUCUCCAUCCGCAUGCUCAUCAACCAGCACACCCUGAUCUUUGACGGCAGCACCAACCCAGCCCACCCCAAACACAUCGGCAGCAUUGACCCCAACUGCAACGUCUCCGAGGUGGUGAAAGAUGCCUAUGACAUGGCCAAGCUCCUGUGUGACAAGUAUUACAUGGCCUCACCUGACCUGGAGAUCCAGGAGAUCAAUGCAACCAACUCCAAACAGCCAAUUCACAUGGUCUAUGUCCCCUCCCACCUCUACCACAUGCUUUUUGAACUCUUCAAGAAUGCCAUGCGAGCAACUGUGGAAAGCCACGAAUCCAGCCUCACUCUCCCACCUAUCAAGGUCAUGGUGGCUUUGGGCGAGGAAGAUCUGUCCAUCAAAAUGAGUGACCGAGGCGGGGGUGUCCCCUUGAGGAAGAUUGAGCGACUCUUCAGCUACAUGUAUUCCACAGCACCCACCCCCCAACUCGGCACUGGGGGAACCCCACUGGCUGGCUUCGGGUACGGGCUCCCCAUUUCCCGUCUCUAUGCCAAGUACUUCCAGGGGGACCUGCAGCUCUUCUCCAUGGAGGGCUUUGGGACGGACGCUGUCAUCUAUCUCAAGGCCCUGUCCACGGACUCGGUGGAGCGCCUGCCUGUCUACAACAAGUCAGCCUGGCGCCACUACCAGACCAUCCAGGAGGCUGGCGACUGGUGUGUGCCCAGCACGGAGCCCAAGAACACGUCCACGUACCGUGUCAGCUAGGGGCCGCCCCACUCCUCUGCACCUGAGAGGAUGGACUGCGGUCUCCGGGACCGGCCACCAUGGUGACCCUCCCCAGCAUCCCCAGGUUGGGGGAGGCUCUCCCUGAUGACCAGCUUCUGUCUGUGAAAAUCACUGCGGUGCCCAAUCUGUGGUGACCCCUAAGUGCCAAUCUCUGUCUCAUGGAGACCCCUAGGCGGUCUCCCUGGUGUCCAAUCUCUGUGGGCGAUGCCUGAGGAUUGGGGAUGUCUCCACCCUGAUGGGGUAUCCCAGAGUUAUGUCGCCUCUCUGAGACCAGGGCUGCCACUUUUCUGCCAGGGGUCCUAGAUCUCCCUCACUGCCCUCCAUAGUCCUGGCCUUCCAAGCGGAUGUGUUCCUGCUUGCCUUAGUCCCAAGCCUGCACAGGCAUCCUGGCCCUGGUCCGGGGUCAGUGUUAGGAAGGGGUCAGCUGCCCCUACAUCUAGGGUAGUGGGUGGGAAAGGGGAUGCACCCUUGGACCCAUGGUUGGGGACCUGGUCUUGCAGCCUCUCCCUCCACUCAGAGCUUUAAGGUCAAGGUUGGGAGGGAGGGAGUUCUCACCAGGGGCUCACCCCUAAAGUGGAGGAACCUGGGAGGACCCAGAGGUUCAAAGCCCUGCAGGCGGCCCCAGCAAUGUUUCUGCCGCCUCCCCAGCCCUUCUCCGGCAUGUCUUCACGUACACACGCCCACACAGCCCGCCUGAGCUCCAGACCCCAGCUCCCACUGUGCCCAACAUGUGUGCCAGGGUGGCUCUCCCUAGAAUGCUCUGUGUACAUAGCUAGUUUUAUAGCCCUGAAUUCCCCCACCCUGCCCCUUAGCACACAGGGGGUUAAAGUUGUGUGCUCCUCCGAGUGGCUGUGAUGGUGACAGUGACAUCCACAGUAAAGAGAUCGAAUGAGA